AUGUUCGUUCAAUGCUCUUUUCUUAACUUUCCAUCACUUUCUCACCUCUCUCUCCUCUUCUCUCUCUCUCUCUCUGUGGAACCCUGAAAGAGUUGUGUGAUAUUUGAACGACAAAGAAUGGUGAGCUCCUCAGGCACGAAUACGAUCUCUGCUUCUUUUGUAUCAAAGAGGUCUCGAUCUCCUGAACCACCCCAUCAGAAGCUCACUCUCAAGGUCAAGAACCAGCAGGGAGCAGAGGAUGUAUACAAGAUAGGAGCUCAUGCACAUCUUAAGAAACUAAUGAUUGCUUACUGUGUAAAGAGAAACUUAGAAUACGGUGCUGUCCGAUUCAUCUACAACCAGAAACACAUCAAACCACGACAGACUCCUGCUCAGCUGAGGAUGAAGGAAGAAGAUGAGAUCUUGUCGGUCAUGGAACUCGGCGGUGGCGGUCCUUACACUCCUACUUAAGAUCUCGCCGGAAAAAAAAGAAAAGAAUAUGACUCUUUUAGGGUUUCUUAAUUUAGGAUUUUUAUUUACGACCUAUUCGGGGUUUUUUUUGUUAUGUUGAAUCUCUAAAGUCUGUCUGAACGUUGUUAUUGUCCAGUUCAUUUUAAAGGAAACUAAUUAAUAUUUGUCU